GAAAUUUAGCCUGUUUGGGAGAAAAUAAUAAUAAUUAAAAAACACUGACAUUGCCAUUUUAUUGAAAUAAACAAACAUUUUCAGGACAACAAUGAAGAACAUUCACAUAGUUUCCUAUAAAUAAGAUAAAUAAUUUGUUUAUGUUUGUUAUUUGUGACCUUGGACCACAAAACCAGUCAUAAGCAGCACAGGUAUAUUUGUAGCAAUAGCCAACAAUACAUUGUAUGGGGUCAAAAUUAUCAUUUUUCUCUUAUGCCAAAACAUUAUUAGGAUAUUAAGUAGCUAAAAAUCAUUUUCCAUGAAGAUAUUUUAUAAAAUUUAUACUGUAAAUGUAUUCUAACUUAAUUUUUGAUUAGUAAUACACAUUGCAAAGAACUUUAAAGGUGAUUUUCUCAAUAUUUAGAUUUUUUUGCACCCUCAGAUUUCCAAAUAUUGUCCGAUCCUAACAAACCAUACAUCAAUUGAAAUCUUAUUUAUUCAGCUUUCAGAUGAUGUAUAAAUCUCAAUUUCCAAAAAUUGACCCUUAUGACUGGUUUUGUGGUCCACGUCACAUUUCAUUUCCCAGUAGAUUGACUGAAUGAACGCCUCUCUACAAAUGGCCGCGCGGCUUUGACGCUUUCCACUGCGGAGCCGCGCAUGCGCAUUAACCGCGUCCGAGUGCCCGAUACAAGAUGGCGGAGUCGGUGGGGAGGGAGAGGCGGAGGCGGGUCCGAACCGAAUAACGCAAAGCCAAUUGAGGACUCCGAUCAAACCUCUCCAAGACAGGACAAAUGAGGAGCUAUGACGAGUGAAAACCACGGAACAAUAAAGGCAGACUCGGCAAUGGUCAUGUCGCCCACCGGGUCCACGUCACAGGCGGCUCCUUUCUCACCCUCAACCAGCAAACCCAUCCAAGAGCUGCCAGAUGAGCUGAUUCAGGCUGGAUGGUCUAAGUGUUGGAGUAAGAGGGAGAAUCGGCCGUACUACUUCAAUCGAUUCACUAAUCAGUCGCUGUGGGAGAUGCCUGUCCUGGGCCAGCAUGAUGUCAUUUCGGAUCCUCUGGGCUUGAACGCGGCUCCAGCCUCUGGCGAGGCGGUGAGCGACACCGGUCUGGGCAACGGUCAGCGUAAAAGACAUCCAUCGGAGGACGCUCAAGCAGGCCCUAACAGUUUCAAGAGGCCAAAGGUUGAGAUUCCGGUCACUCCAACCACUCCCACUAUCCCGAUUUCUCCCAGCACGCCAGGAGCCAAACCCUGGGUCAACACCACAGAUGAUAAACAAGGCCAGACCAGCGCACCUGCACCGGCUCCGUACCGGCCCUCUGUAGUGUACUGGGACUUGGACGUUCAGACCAACGCAGUGAUUCGUGAGCGAGCCCCGGCGGACCACCUGCCUCCACACCCUGAGAUCGAGUUGCAGAGAGCUCAACUCACCACCAAGCUUCGGCAGCACUACCACGAGCUGUGCUCUCAGCGUGAGGGCAUAGAGCCCCCGCGGGAAUCCUUCAACCGCUGGCUUUUGGAGAGAAAGGUGGUGGAUAAAGGUCCGGAUCCACUCUUGCCCAGCGAAUGCGACCCGGUCAUUUCCUCAUCCAUGUUCAGAGAGAUCAUGAAUGACAUCCCUAUCAGGCUCUCUCGUAUCAAAUACAAGGAAGAGGCCAGGAAACUCUUGUUUAAAUAUGCAGAGGCGGCCAAGAAAAUGAUUGACUCCAGAAAUGCAACUCCUGACAGUCGGAAGGUGGUGAAGUGGAACGUCGAGGACACGAUGAACUGGCUGAGACGAGACCAUUCUGCCAGCAAGGAGGACUACAUGGAUCGACUCGAGCACUUACGGAAGCAGUGUGGACCUCAUGUGGCAUCCGUGGCGAAGGACUCCGUCGAGGGCAUCUGUUCAAAGAUCUACCACAUUUCUGCAGAAUAUGUGCGCAGGAUCCGCCAGGCUCACCAAACUCUGCUGAAAGAGUGCAACAUCUCAGUGGACAGGACAGAGUCGACGGAGGUCCAGGACCGGUUGGUGUAUUGUUAUCCUGCCAGACUGUCCAUCCCGUCUCCUCCUCAGCCCCGUGUUGAGCUGCACUUCGAGAACGACGUUGCUUGUCUGCGGUAUAAAGGGGAAAUGGUGAAGGUCAACCGCGGUCAUUUCAACAAACUGGAACUCUUAUAUCGGUACAGCUGUGUUGAUGACCUGAGGUUUGAAAAGUUCCUGUCUCGUGUGUGGUGCCUUAUCAAAAGAUACCAGGUGAUGUUUGGGUCCGGUGUGAACGAGGGGUCUGGUCUGCAGGGGGCGCUGCCUGUUCCCGUCUUUGAGGCUCUCAACAAACAGUUUGGAGUGACAUUCGAGUGUUUUGCUUCUCCUCUAAACUGCUAUUUCAAGCAGUUCUGCUCCGCGUUUCCAGACAUUGACGGCUUCUUUGGAUCUCGAGGGCCAUUUCUCAGAUUCUCUCCCGCCAGCGGCUCAUUUGAGGCGAACCCUCCGUUCUGUGAGGAACUCAUGGACUCCAUGGUGACACACUUUGAGGAUCUUCUGGAACACUCCAGUGAGCCGCUGUCCUUCAUCAUCUUUGUGCCAGAGUGGCGUGACCCGCCGACCCCUGCCCUGACACGGAUGGAGGCCAGCCGCUUCCGCAGGCACCAGAUGAUCGUGCCUGCUUUCGAGCACGAGUACCGCAGCGGUUCGCAGCACAUCUGCAAAAGAGAAGAGAUGUACUACAAGUCUGUCCAUGGAACGGCAGUAAUUUUCCUCCAAAACAACGCUGGCUUUAGCAAAUGGGAGCCCACCACAGAGAGAAUCCAAGAGUUUCUGGCGGCGUAUAAGGUCUCCGGCCGUUCAUUGCCCUCACCUGGUCCUCCUUCCACCAGUACAGGAGACAAAGACUCCAAACCGGUCCAGGAGCGGAGCUCGGCUAAGAGUCAAGACAACAGCAGUCCUGUUGACAAGACUGCACCGGACACAACAAACAUUUAGACCGCAGCGCUGGGCGUGUGGCCACGUGUAUGUAUGUUCAUGGGAGAGAGUCUAUGAUUGUAUGAGAGGUUUAAUAUUGCGCUGUUGGGUUUAGAUGGGCACUGGGCAUGUAAAUGUUCACGCGAGAAGAAGAAAGACCCAUAUUUGUUUACUUUCUUCCACCUCUAUUAUUUAAUAUUAUUUGUUUUAGGUUUUUUGAGUUAUGUUAUCAUAAUUGUUGGGUUUUAUAUCAGUGUAUUGAUAGUUUGGUCACAUUUUUGUUGUAUUUUUUUUAAGAGAUGAUAAAUGUAGUCAUGUAUAUCUUAUUCUUUUUUUAUUUUUGUUGGCCUUUUUAGGGUGAAUCUCAUUGAAAUGUCAUUUUACACCAAGAUCGAAAGAAAAAUAUUUUGCGUAAAGAAAAGCAGAAAGCCUUUAAAGUUUUUCAUUAGCGUCAUCUUCAAAAAUCAUGCAAGUUUUUCCGUUUUCAUUUGAGGUUUUGUAUUUUUCAUUAUUCUAAAUGGUCAAACUUUCAUUGCAUUAUUUUCAUUUGUUAUACAGUAAUUAUUUACUGUAUUGCAGUUCAAAAGUUACUAUUACAAUUAUAUUUAUAAAAAAUAAAAUAAAGUCAGCCUAAACUAAAUUAAACACAAUGCAACAUGUUAGCACUGGGGUUUUACUACCUAAAUAUAUUUUGCAUUACGGUAGUAAAUUAUUUUUCAUUUUUUUGCGUUACGGUGUAUAUAAAAAAUAAUCUAAAAUGACAAAAACGGAACAGUUUUUAAAUAGGCUUCAUAUUCUUAUAAGCAAAAUAAAAUGGCAUAUUUCUUUGUUGAUUUUGGGUUGAAAUAAGACAGGCUUUGUGAUAUUCACUCUUUAACUCUGUGCUUUUCUCACUUGGCAGGAUUAUGAUGCUGUCAAUGAGUUGACGCAGCGAUGCUUGUAUAUUGUUAUUUUAGAUGAUUCAGAAGACGAUCGGCGAUCAGGCAGCUAUGUUUAAAUGCCUUCAUCCUGACUUGCAUUAGUGCUUCUCAAAGCAUUCGUCAGUUCCUAUUAAACCUGUUCAUAGGCGUUCCUUUCGGAGUUGAGAGGUCAUGUUUGGUUGCUUCAAGUCAGAAUAUAUACUGUAUGUAAUAACAAAAGGUCAGUAAAGAAGCAGAAAAAAUAUUUAUAUUCUAAUUUCCACCCAGUCAUCCAUCUGCAGUGAAAGCCAGUCCGUUUUCUUUCGUUUCUAAAAUAUUGUACAGAAAACAAUAGCAAAUCUGAAAUUGUUGAACCGUAAGGAUUUUCUACCUUUAUUGCGUUGUUGGUUUCUGUACAGUACAAGCCUGUCCUAAUGUGGCAUUCUGGGUCACAUCAGUUGUAGCAUUUAGGUCUAGCAAGUGGAAAAAGAAAAGUAAAAUUUCUUAUUAGUUAUGAAAGCAUUAUUCCAACUGUUUGUGGUGUUUUAUUGAGAAUGAAUUAGCUUGUUAAUAUGGCAUACGCCCCUCGUUUUUUUCUCCAGUGAGUCUACCUCUCGCUUCGGGUGUUUUAUAAUUGCGAGCAACGACACCUGGAAAUUCAAACGAAGCAGUAAAUGAGUGGCUUAUUCUUUCUUUAAUAACUGCAUUGGCGUCCAUCCAAUUAUCAGAAUUGGUUGCUAUUGCCUUGAUUUCACCGUUUCGUGUAUGUGAAAAGUGCUUUAAAAGAUUACUUUUUUUUUUUGUUUGUUUGUUUUUUAUUCUAAUCAAAAAUUUGUUUACAUGAUAUUGGUUUAAAUUGUAUCACUGGGCAGCGUUUUGAAUGUACAUUUUAAAAAAGGAAAAGAGAAAAACUAUUGAUGGAUUUGUUGCUACAAUUUGACUUCAAAUGUUGCGAUUAACACUACAAUGGUGGAUGUUUUAUUUUUUGUUUGUUUUUGCCAUGCGAAUACGUAUGUAGAAAUUCAUAUUGUAUCACUUUAUUAAGCCCAAUCACUUCCAUCUGUAAGAAAGUAUAGGUUUGUUUGGUUGUUUUUAUUCAGUGGACUACAUUGUCUUGCAGCCGAACUUGGGAAAUGGCUUUUAUAUUCAGUUUAAAAGCAUUCCAGUGGUUUGACGUGUAAUGUAAUCCAGCUUGCCAUUUAUAAAAUCCAAUAUAACCCUUGGUUUAAGCAUUGGGCCCUUGUUGGAUUUCUUAAUCCCAGAGUGGAUCACCAGCAAAACUGUAGAUGUUGUACAGAACAUGGCUAUGAAGUUUGUCACUUUCCUACAUGGCUCGUUUAUUUGGAAAGAAAACAAAAGAUGUCUUUUUCACCAUGUUUUUGUUUAAUUUAACGUUUUGGUUCUAAAUAACUGUUUAUGAAUUAUAUGAUUUAUGAAAUAGUUGUUUUAAACUAAACCAAAGUGUUAUUAAAAGAGGAGGAAUUUAUCUUGUAUCUUAAAGUAGAAUCGUGUACGAUCGCAUCAGUAAUGCAUAAAGUGUAACCAGCAAAAACAUCCACUUAUUCAUAACUUUAUUUUUAUAACUCUUUUUUUGUUCUUUGUUUUCUUACAAAGGUAUGUUUGGGUUUUUAUUUUGCAUGACCAGAUAUUUUUCAUUACAAAAAAAAAAAAUUAUAAAUUGUACAGAUCUGUAUUGUUUAAUUAGUCGUACGCUUUGCCACACUAGGCUUUUAACCGAUUUGUAUUUAUCAGUCAUGUUGAUUGAUUUAUAUUUGGUUGCCAUUGCGUUUGUUGAUUCAGUGUCCUCUAAAAUGCCAUGAAUGUCUCCCCUGUAAUCUUAUUCUGAUAAAGACAAAGAUUCAGUGAAUGUAAAUAUGUCUGUGCUUAUAUAAUUUUUCUUCUACCUGUAUAUUAUCAGUGUUGUGGCAUUUCCCAUCACCUAAAGUGGUAUAAAGAUUUUCCUCUGAAUCAGAAAAGCUCUCAGUAAAAUAUUGAAAUCAUGCACCCA